AUGACAGAUUCGCAACAUUUGCAAGUAAGUCCCAUGGCUCCAAAUUUAGCAACUCCAUCCAAGAGGGGACAUCGACAUAAAAGAUCGUUUGCUAUUUCAGGCGAUUUUGAAUUCCUAAAACAGCCUCAAACUGUACCACGGUUACAUACUGAAGAGCUAGAAGUACCAUUUCUAGAAGCACCUAAUAAUAUAUUUAAUCCACAUAUUAAUUUACAUGAUAAUAAUGCAACAUUGUUGCCACCACAACAAGACUUCUUGAACCUCACACCUAGGAAAAAUACUACAAAUACCGCUAGUCCUCGGUUCUUUGUGAGUCAAGAACCACAAUUUUCAUCUCCAAUUAAAGGUGUUCCAGAUGCAAUUAUAAAUUUAGAUGAUGCUUUGAAAACCAGACCAAGAUCUUUCAAGUCUCAUCGUAGAACAGAGUCAGCACCAGCUGAUUUGGAAGUCAUAUUACCAAUGAGACCAUUAUCAACUCCCAAUUUAAGAAUUGAUGAAGAAGAAGUGGAUGACGAUGAUAGCAGUGAGAAAGAUGAUGAAGGUGAUGAUGAUGGCAACAAGGAAUCGAGGAAGGACAUACAAGCAGGACUUUUAUCACCACUUCGACCUAAAAAUCCAUAUAAUUUACGUUCCUCAAGUGGUAAAGAUGGUAAUAGUAAUCGUAACUCACCGUUGAUUAGCUACAAUGAAUCGCCGACGAAGAAAAAAACAUUAUCGCAUAAUAAAACAGAGCAAAAUGGUGAUGAUAAUGAUAGUAAUGGUACAAAUGGUAACGAAGCCAAUGAUAGCAAUAAUACUGCUAAUAAUAUUAGCGCCAACACUACUAAUAAUGGUCGAACAAACAUUAAUAAUAAAUUCAAUACUUUAAAGAUACAAAGACAAAAGGAAAGAUAUUUCCAUUAUACCAAUCAAUUUCCUAUUAGUAAGCCUCCCAUAGUACAAGCACAGACAUUAAGUGAGAAAAAAUCAUCUGCGUCUCUAACAUCAUCCAAUAUUUCAAAAACACCAGGAUCAUACGCUUACACUCCAUCGAAACAAUUAUCUACUCCUGGAACACCAUUUUCCAUUUCUAAUAAAGAUACGUUGCCAAGCCUGAGGAACGAGGGUUUGAGGUGUGAAGAUAGUAAAAGACGUCCAAUAAGUCCUGUAAACCGUCAUCACCAGGAACAUCAAUUAUUUUCACCGCAAAGGCUGCAUCCUUCAUAUGGCUCAUCGACAGCAAAAAGGCGUGGUAGUAGUGGUAGCAAUGUUAUAUAUUCAUCCUUUAAAUUUGAAAGUAGAGAAUAUGAUAUACCCUAUGAAAAAGAUCUGCAGAAAUCAACUGCGCCAGCUAAUAAAAAAAACAUAAAUGACACCGUAAACACAAUGUACUCAUCUCCAUGUUCAUCCUCGAUCACAACUAUUGGUAUAGUGUCCGAUGAUAGUGAUGUCGGUAAGCAUCAAACGAAUCAUAACAUACAAUUCCAUCCUACCAACAAUAUUGAGGGACAUGUUGAAAUAAGUGUAGACAAAGGUACAGCAUAUGCAUAUCCGCUGUCGAAAGAUAUUCUCCUGGGAGAACCCGGUGACAAAGUAGAUUUAACGUUAAUGGAUGCAAAUUCUAAAACGCUAGUUAAAGGAUUAAACGAAUUUUCAUUUGAAGAGGAUGGUAAAUCUCAUUGUGAAUUGGGUGGAAAUAAUAGAUGUAUCGAAGAUGAUAAAUCGAAAGGGAAUUUCACAAAGGAAGGCAGGCUCAACAAUGUCACAAAAGAACAAUUAAGAAGUGUAAGUGAUAGUACACUUGAGACGAAAAAUCAAAAGAAUAAAAAUAAAAGGAAAUCAAGAUUAAGUACAUUUAUGAGUUUUUUUUCUAAAUAG